AGUUCACGAUUUGCGUUCCAACAAGCAGCACACAAGAAACUGAAAAGUAAAACCAAAAUUGAAUUUAAGCAGAAUUGUUAAAAUUCUAGAAAUAAAAUCAAAAUAAAAUGAAAUUUUUCAUUGCAAUCGCUUUGUUCGCGCUCUGCGCUCUUGCGCAGGCCCAAGAGCAACAAACCUGCCAAGUAGAUGUUCAGUCUGCUUGCGGCUCCAUUGGAAGUGGUGAAGUAAGAAAUUGUAAUGCUCGCUAUGGCGCCAUUGGCCAUUUGGAGCACAAGAUGCAGGAUUACAUCCAGCUGCAGCUGAAGAAAUCCUACGAAUACCUGUUGCUGGCCACCCACUUCAACUCCUACCAGAUGAACCGCCCCGGAUUCCAGAAGCUCUACCAGGGUCUGUCUGAUCGCGCUUUCGACGAUACCAUCGCUCUCAUCAAGCAGGUGACACGCCGUGGUGGCGCCGUCGACUUCAGCAAGCCCCAUGACAAGGGCGUCGCCAACCCACCAGAGGUGCACCUGAACGAACUGGAGUCUCUUGCCCGUGCUUUGGACAACGAGAAGGAGUUGACCCUGGGCGCCAUCCACGUGCACACCAGCGCCACCCACGGCACCACCGCCAGCCGCGAACACGAUCCCGAGAUGGCCCACUACCUGCAGGAGAACUUCCUCAGCAAGCAGUCCGCAUCUGUGCGCAAGCUCUCUGGCUACGCCAACGAUCUUUCCAAGCUGGUCAGCGUACGCGAGCCAUCCCUCUCCGUCUAUCUGUUUGACGAGUUUCUGCAGAAGCAAUAAGCGCUUGCUCUCAAUUUAGUAGCUGCAACAACAAUUAGCCUUUAUCCAAAUUCACAUUUCAUUCUAUUCUGUUUGUAUUAACAAGUAUUCCGAAAUUUUGAGCUGCACACGCUGCGAUCUUUCAAAUUGAGAAAUUGUCGUUUGAGUUUAAGUAAAUAAAUCGCAGCGUUUACAAAAGCAGAAAACAUCUGAUUUACAAUCGAUUAUUUAAUUUGAUUUACACAACAGACAGACAGACACACACACACACAGACAGCCACACACAUUCGCAU